GCCGGCGGCCCCCGCGCGCUGCGCCCCGCCGGGCUGCCCCGCAGCCUGUCCCGCCUGCGUGAGUGUCCGGGCCGCUCCCGUAUCGUGCUGGCGCUCGGGGCCACGCAGAUGGCGCUCGGAUGCCUCAUCGUGGCCGUCAGCUUCGCCGCGCUGGCGCUCACCACCUCGGCCCGCGUCCGCCACUCCUGCCCCUUCUGGGCUGGCUUCUCGGUGCUGCUGUCUGGACUCAUUGGUGUGGUCUCCUGGAAGAGGCCUCUCUCGUUGGUGAUAACCUUUUUCAUGCUGCUUUCUGCAGUGUGUGUAAUGCUGAACUUGGCUGGUUCAAUUCUCUCCUGUCAGAAUGCUCAGCUGGUCAACUCCCUAGAAGGCUGUCAGUUGAUUAAGUUUGACAGUGUCGAGGUGUGCGUCUGCUGUGAAAUGCAGCAUCAGUCAUCCGGCUGCAGCAACCUUGGGGAGACGCUGAAGCUGAACCCGCUGCAGGAAGACUGCAACGCUGUGCGGCUCACGUUGAAGGACCUCCUCUUCAGCGUGUGCGCCCUCAAUGUCCUCUCCACCAUCGUGUGUGCAUUGGCCACAGCCAUGUGCUGCAUGCAGAUGGUCUCCUCUGACGUCCUGCAAAUGUUCCUCCCGCAGAGGCCCCAUUCUGCCAACCCUGCCUGCGUGACUCCCCACGGCACCGUUCUCCACCAGACGCUGGACUUCGACGAGUUCAUCCCCCCCAUCCCGCCCCCACCUUACUACCCUCCAGAAUACACCUACACGCCCACGGCCGAGGCCCAGAGGGGCCUGCACCUGGACUUUGCUCCCUCUCCCUUCAGCGCCUUGUACGAUGUCACCAUCAGCAGCCCUGGCCUGCUCUACCCUGCCGAGCUCCCUCCACCCUACGAGGCCGUGGUGGGUCAGAACACGGCCAGCCAGGUGACACGUAUAGAUCAGCAGGUGACUGAGUCCAGCUCUGGGGACCCAAAUGCCACAGCUGGCUUCAGCACACAAGCGCCAGCGGACCCCGCGAGCCUCCCUGCCGCCGAGCGCGCCGCCGCGCCAGAGCUGAGCUGUUGCUCCCCUGAUGGCCCUGGCGCCCCUCACUCGCCGCCGCGGUCCCCGCCUCCCCACUGCCACUCGGGCCGCGCGUCCCCAGAGGGCCCCGGAGCAGGCGCACGGGUGCGGGCGGGUCCCGGGCGCGUGGCCCGCUCUGCCAGCGACCCCACCUCGUGCGCAUCUGCCGCGGCAGGUAUGGUUCGCCCGGCCUGCCCUGGUGCUGCAGGUCUGGCCCAGUGUCUUCUGAGAGCCCAGGCCGGCCUUGGGAUCCCUGCCUGGUGUGGGGAGAUUGGGACUGUGGUCUUGAUAUCAGGCUCCAAAUCACCACAGAACGCUUGGACCCUGAGCCUGGAGAGGAGACUGUUACUAUUCCACACGUCCAAGGCCCUGGGGAACUCAGAUGUGGCUCGGUGUUCAGAUGAGGGACGCCCGGCCUGCACGGGGCACUGCUGUCGUUCGUGGCACUCAGCCUGCUGCAGGGAGGGUGGGGGUGGGACUGGAGAAGGACCUGGACCUGGGGAUGCUGGCGUGACUGAUGGUGGUGCCUGCUUACAUACCCUCGUGUGCAUUCGCGAUCUGGAAGCAGGGACGUGCCAGGCUGCUCGAGGGACGGUUCCCACGUCGCGCUCUGCCGAGGCUGCCUCUGCUCAUCAGCACCCUCUUUCCCCACUGGGAGAACAAAGCAGUGCCUGGAAAACCAGCCAGCAACAGUUCAAGCCAGAGGCCUCGCAGCCCGACUCCAAGCAGUGUCCUCGCUGUCUGGUGGACAGCCAGGCCUACACGGACACCAGGGUUCUGGUGGCCAAGUUCCUGGAGCACGCGCGUGGCACCCUGCCUGCUGAGGUGCGGCACGUGGUACGCGCCAUCCACUCCGUGGUCGCCCCUGAUGAGCGCCUCGCAGACGAAGCCAUCUUCAGCGCCAGCGUUCUGGACCAGGUGUGA